AUGCGUCUCUGGGGUAUUGCAGAUAUUCAUCUGUCGUUCAAAAGUAAUCGAGAGGAGUGGGGCAAGCUUCAAUCCAAAGGGCCAGAUGACGGCUUGAUCCUUGCUGGAGACGUGGGUGAAACCAUUGAGACUCUUAACGAGGCAUUCAGGGUCGCGAAGCUGAAGUUCAAGCAUGUCUUCUGGGUCCCCGGCAACCAUGAGCUGUACACUUCAAAGUCCGCAAAGGAGAAUGAAAUGCACCUUCGGGGCGAGGCCAAGUACAUGGCUUGCAUCAAGGCCGCCAAACAGCACGGCGUGCUCACUCCCGAGGACGACUAUAUGACCUGGGUUUACGAAGACGAUGAAGGCUACCAAGUGGCGGCCGUCAUCUGCCCCAUCUUCACACUCUACGACUACAGCUUUCGACCAGCAAAUGUCACGCGAGAGGGCGCGUUGGACUGGGCGAUGGAAGAGGGCAUCAAGGCUACUGACGAGACUCUGUUACAUUCUGACCCUUACGAGACCCGCGAUGAGUGGUGCCAUCGCCUUGUGUCUGAAACAGAGACCAAAUUGCAGAAGGCCGCGGAGCUGGGCUUCCCACUCGUCAUCAUUAACCAUUGGCCAUUGCGAGAAGAUACUAUUUUUAUUCCGCGUGUGCCACGCUUCAGCUUGUGGUGUGGCACGAAGAAGACAGAAGACUGGCACCUGAAAUACCAUGCCAAAGUGAUCGUAACCGGCCAUCUUCACGUCCGCCGUACUGACUGGAUUGACGGUGUGCGCUUCGAGGAAGUUAGCCUUGGCUAUCCGCGGCAAUGGCAGGAAGCCAAAGACGAAGGCCACAACGUCAACACUCUGCUUCGCGAGAUCCUACCUGGCCCGCCGCCCCCGAAGAAAGGACAGGAGCCCACGACAGUUUGGCGAGGUCGAGGCAGAGGAUGGUCUUUGUCUCACGGAAUGGAGCCACCCCUCAUCCCAUCUAGUCCAACUGCGCGGAUAGGACUGUGA